UUAUCUAGUAGUCCAGAAGCUUGAGCUCCAAAUAUCCGUGAAGCUCAAAUUCACAACUCUCCCUCACUCACCACAAGCAUUGUACAUUUAACUAUAGCAGAUAUGAGUGGUGGCUGGUCUACCAGUAAGUGCUGCAUCUUCAAAUAUUUGCAUAAAAUAUGUACAGUACCAAAAAUACUAACAAUUCUAUGCAGUUGAAUCGGACGCAGUAAGAAAUACAUCCCACGAACUUCGAUUUGGAGAUAAACAAACGGCUAAUCUCUUCUCCGCAUAGGGUGUCUUUACAUUUCUUCUCGAUAAUCUAGGCGUCAAAGAUGUACAAUUUGAAGAGCUGAUUUCCCUAGACUCCGACUUUUUGCGCCAACUCUCCCCUGUCUACGGCGUCAUAUUCCUCUUCAAAUAUCCCGUCGGAGAAGCUCCCAACAAAGAUGGCACACCUAAAGAUGGCUCUUACGACUAUUCUGCUGCGGAAAAUCUUUUCUUCGCUGCGCAAACUAUACAAAAUGCAUGUGGAACCCAAGCUCUACUCUCGGUGCUUCUGAAUAAAGAUGGAGAGAUAGAUGUUGGGGUCCCGCUGCGCGAGUUCAAAGAAUUCACUGCUGGAUUUCCGGCAGAGUUUAGAGGAGAGGCGCUCAGUAAUAGCGAGUUGAUCAGAGAUGUUCAUAACAGUUUUGCCAAAUCAAGUCCGUUUGUUGAUGAGACGCAACGAUCCUCUAGGGAUGAAGACGGAGAUGUCUAUCAUUUCAUCGCAUAUACAUCUAUUAACGGUACACUGUAUGAGCUUGAUGGUCUGCAACCUGCACCUAUAUCUCAUGGAGCUUCUACUAUCGAGGAAUUUCCGGAGAAAGUCAUACCGGUAUUACAGAGAAGAAUCUCACGAUAUCCGGCAACUGAGAUACGGUUUAAUUUACUGGCGAUGGUGAGAGAUUUGAGAGUUAGGGCAAGGGAAAUGGGGGAUGUGGAGUUGUUGAUGAGGGAGGAACAGAAGAGAAAUGAGUGGCAGUUUGAGAAUGCCUUACGGAGACAUAAUUUUGUGGGGUUCGCUGGGGAAGUAUUGAAGGGUGUGAUAGGGGAUAAGUUGAAAGAGGGACCUAAGGCUUACGAGGAGUGGAUUGAAGAGGCGAAAAAGAAGACGAAGGCGAGAGCGGCCGAGCAGAAGAAAGGUGGAGGUGAGGAUCUCGAGAUGUCGGGCUGAGAGACAUCACUUGCCAUGGUUGGAAUUGAGCGAUCUCGCUCUAACGCCUUGAUUUUGAUGUUAAUGAGUGAUGGAAUAUACAUCACUCAAAAUGCCUGGGUGAUUGGAGUGAUAGCAAUGCAUAUAGAAAUGUUUUCUAGCGAAGUAUGCCAAUUGGUUCUACUUUAGCAUCAGUAAUCGCAGGAGUCGUCGGAGUUGAAGGGAAAUAUACCGAUGCAGUUUCUCAUGAUUCUCUCGUGCUCU